AUGGCCGAUUCUCUCACCGAGGAGCAAGUCUCCGAGUUCAAGGAAGCCUUUUCCCUCUUCGACAAGGACGGCGAUGGUCAGAUCACCACCAAGGAGCUUGGUACCGUCAUGCGCUCGCUCGGCCAGAACCCCUCCGAGUCUGAACUACAGGACAUGAUCAACGAGGUCGACGCUGACAACAACGGCACCAUCGACUUCCCCGAGUUCCUUACCAUGAUGGCCCGCAAGAUGAAGGACACCGACUCCGAGGAGGAAAUUCGUGAGGCCUUCAAGGUCUUCGAUCGCGACAACAAUGGCUUCAUCUCCGCUGCGGAGCUGAGACAUGUCAUGACGAGUAUUGGAGAGAAGUUGACGGAUGACGAGGUCGAUGAGAUGAUUCGGGAAGCGGACCAGGAUGGUGAUGGUCGGAUUGAUUACAAUGAGUUCGUCCAGUUGAUGAUGCAAAAGUAA